AUGGCACCAACACUGGCAACGCGCAAGCUCGGCAAGAACGGCCCUUCCAUCCCAGCCCUGGGAUUCGGAUUGAUGGGCUUGAGCUCCUUCUACGGGAAGACCGAGUCUGAUGAGGAGAGAUUCAAGGUCCUGGAUAGAGCAUACGCUCUGGGAGAGACGUUCUGGGAUUCGGCCGAUAUCUACGGCGAUUCCGAGGACCUGCUGGGAAAAUGGUUCGCGAAGACCGGCAAGCGCAACGACAUCUUCCUCGCGACCAAAUUCGCCAACAAGAUUGUUGGCGAGGGACACGAGAUGAAGCGCUCGAUCGACUCCUCGCCCGAGUACUGCAAGCAGGCGUGCGAGAAGAGCCUGAAGAGACUGGGUGUCGAGACCAUCGAUCUCUACUACUGCCACCGCGUGGACGGCAAGACGCCGAUCGAGAGGACCGUAGAGGCAAUGGUGGAGUUGAAGAAGGCAGGCAAGAUCAAGUACCUCGGUCUCUCGGAAGUCUCCUCAGACACUCUCCGCAGAGCAGAGAAGGUCCACCACAUCGACGCCGUACAGAUCGAAUACUCCCCUUUCGCCACUGACAUCGAGCAGCCUCAAAUCAACCUUCUAGCCACCUGCCGCGAACUCGGCAUCGCCACCGUCGCCUACUCGCCUCUGGGCCGCGGCCUGCUGACCGGAGUCUACAAGUCCCCCGCCGAUUUCGAAGACGGCGAUUUCAGAAAGUUCUCCCCGAGAUUCAGCGACGAGAACUUCCCCAAGAACCUCAAGCUGGUGGAUGGGAUCCAGGAGUUGGCGAAGAAGAAGGGGUGUACGGCCGGUCAGCUGACGUUAGCCUGGUUGAUGGCGCAAGGAGAGGAUAUCCUGCCCAUUCCGGGGACGAAGAAGAUCAAGUAUCUGGAAGAAAAUUUGGGGGCGCUAGAUGUCAGCUUGACGGACGAGGAGGUGAAGGAGAUUCGUCAACUGGUAGAUAAUGCCGAGGUGCAUGGGUCGAGGUAUCCGGAGGCCAUGAUGUCGAGCUUGUUUGCUGAUACACCUGCAUUGUAG